GAUGUUAAGACUUAAGAUUGAAUAGAAGUCUUCAGGUCCAUACUCAAAUUGCAAGGCCAAAGCAGAACAGCACAUCAACAUCUGCCAACGUUUUAAAACCAAAUUUUGUUUGAGAUAAAGGGGGAGGUCUUGCUACAAAACAGCAAUAUAUGAACAGAAAUGGAGUUUGAAUGCCACUUUUCAAUCUGGGGACUUCUAGCCUUUAUGACUAUGGGUCUGAUUGUUUCAUUGGUCAUAAAUAUUUCAUACUGCAUAGCAAACAAGCGAAAAGGUUACACGUACAGAGACUAUCAAGAAUAUAAUCCAAGCUAUGAAGAUGAUUAUACUGAAGAAUGCCCAGUUUAUGGCAACCUCAAUCAGGAGAUUUUAGAUGAAUGUUGCUAUGAACAAAUGAAGGCCCACCCGCGGAGAAACGCUAAUGAAGUAAAGGUGGACGCUGAAGGUCAGAUGUGCUAUGCCUCCCUCGAUCACAGCAUCAAGGAAAAACACAGGAAGCCUAGGAAAAAGAAAGCUCCUCCGUUAGAAGUGAAUGAAGAAGAGAUGCCAUCUAAAAACAGCACCCUGGCUUCCCAAACUAGCAUUUAUCUCAACAGUGACCAGCUGGCCGCUGAAAAUAAAUCAACAGAGGAAGCCAUUCAUGAUGACCCUAUCAGACUGUUUGGGUUGAUUCAUGCAACAUAGGAAAAGACUCCUAAAGAGGAUCCCUGAUCCAAAUGAUCACACAAGAUAAAAUAGAUCUUUCACUUGUUUAUGUUGGGGGAAAGAGACUGAAUAAAUAGUAUCCUGAAUUUGGGAGAAUAGCUUGGCAAAUGAAACACUGAUCAAUGGUAUAAAUGGGUAAGUGAUGCAUUCAAAUUGCUGGGCAUAACUGCAAACUAAUUUAGGUCAGCAGGUAGCAGGAUUUUAGACACAGACUGCUAAUUUUUAAAGCAACCCAAAGAAGAGCUGGCCGCCUUCAUAUGUAUCUAUUUUGUAAAGGAGUUACAAGAGCCAAGUAUCUCUCAGAAUUUGCCCCCAAAUUAGCAAUUAUCCUGCAUACUUUAUAGCAGGACUUACUUCUUCAUUUCUGUUGUCCAUGGAUCCCACUUCAAGGGAUCUAAAAUGGGCCACAUGGCCCUCUGUAGAAAGCUAGCAUAUUUUGUCUGUUAUUCUAUGUUGUUUCAGAAGUAGUUUGGGAAAUCAUCAGAGGCACUUUAAGACUGACAUAUUUAAUAGUUAAAACUUGUUCUGCUGUUCAAUAUUUAAUACUUUGCUACUGUGACCUGCAGGAAUAUUUAAGGUUAAUUAGAAAAUAAUGUAACUGCUUCAGUUCAUUUCAUUAGUGCUUUGUACAUCCAGCAAAUUUAAUGAUAUCCCUUGUAUACUCUUAGCUUCCUAUGGUGAACAGUACUAGAAUCUCAAAUCUCUACUUCUGUACCAAUAACAUUUUAUCGGUCUGUAUUCAACAGUCUAUAAAAGAAAGUGGCAAAUGAUCUGUAAAAAUAAGCCUCUUGAGGAGGACAGAAUGAUUUCUACUGGGUUUUACAUUGUCACUGUAAAAACUAUUUUAGGAAGACUGGGGAAUAAAAAGACUUUUCCUAACAAUUCAGUAACUAUAUGCAUACGUCAUGCUUAAAACUUACAGCACAAUUUUAGUUUGAAAGCUCUUUGGGUGCAAAGACUAAUUUUAUGUAUGGCACAUUUUGUGUGCUUUGUAAAUAGUAAUAGUAGCAAACAAUAACACACCACUGCUAUAAUGCUGCUGCAUCUGGGUGCCAGGGCAAAGGGGUAGAUUUUUCCCAUAUAAAAAGCAUAAUGGGCUGUGGUGCCAAAGAAAAGCAGAAAGAACUUGAUUGCUCAAGGUCCCAUUUAAAAGCAACACACAAAUUAACUUGCUUUCCUAGAAACUAUUUCAUUCUAAGUGAGAUGUAGACAACUAAUGUUACAGAGGCAGAAAUAACGCUAGUAUGGAAUCAAUAGAAAAUACAUGAAGCAUUAUAAGAAAACAAUUCCCCAGGCUAAUACCUCCCUGCCCCCCCAAAAGAGGUAAACCUGAACCUAAACACAGGAACAUCAGAACAAGAAAUGCUAUCUUAAUCUGGUCACCUUAGUUACCAUAGUCAAGUGAGAUUGAAUCAAAGUAAAGACUGAGCCUUAUAUCAACAAGCUCUUGGCCCCAUGAGCCAAAAAAGUUUUGAACAGCAUCUCUGUUAAUGGUAAGGUGACCAGAUAUCCCAAUUUUAUAGGGACAGUCCCAAUUUGUGUGUCUUUUUCUUAUAUAGGGUCCUAUUAACCCCCCCACCUCCUGUCCCGAUUUUUCACAUUUGCUGUCUGGUCACCCUAGUUAAUGAGGAGAUGUAAAAUAAGUAUUUCAACUAAGCUUACACACCAAACAGAUCUAGUACCAAGCCCCUUCAAGGUGAUUACAAGUAAGGCUUAUCUAACUAAUUAGACAAGCAAACAGCCCCCAGGACAAGUAUUCAUGUUGUCACAUUUAUAUUAUACAGGGAAUACAAAAUAAGGAAUAUAAUAUUCUCAGUGAAUACAAUUUAUGAAGCCUUUCAUCUAAAUAAAGAUUGGCCAGGGUCUGUUACUCCCUAUGUUUCUCUCACUUUUUCAAAGGGCACUCCUACCCCACAUUACCCACUUCCUGGCUAGAUAGCUCUGCUGAGACCUGCCUUAGCUUCUAUUUAACUCAGUCUCCCUUAAAAAGUCCACACAGGCCAGAUAUUCAGAACAUUCCCCCCUCCUAGGGUCCAGUUUAUUAAAACCUGCAGAAAGUCUUUCAAAAGAAAACUCAAGACUUACAAUCUCUUCAUCUCAGUUUCAGCUGGGACCAGUCCCUCCUCCCUGAGGCUCUGUCUUUCCUAUAGAGUUCCAGUACUGUUCACCUCCUGUGCUGUGCUGUGCUGUGCUAAGCUAAGCAUAGCACAGCCAGCCUUCCAGGAGGCCUGAAGGAUAGCCUUUUCCAUUGCUACCUUCCUCCUACUGAUUAACAGCCCAGCCAGGGCCUUCUUAUGCCCUACAGUGCCUGUAACUGCUGCUAAUCUGCAGCUGUCUAGCCCUUUGUAAGGCCCAGGUGCCUUCCCUUAAGCACAACUGGGCAGCAGGUAAUCAGUCCAGGUGCACUGGACCCCACACUCCCUCUCGAAGGGGCCAGUGACAUUGUAACACACUGCUUGUACUCUGUGCAUGGAGUGUAUCUUUGGCUUCCCUCUCUCACGCUGAAAAUUCCAAGUGUCUGAUAAUCAAGGUUCAGAGAACUUUAUCAAGGCCCCAAUUCCACAAAGCACUUAUGCUUAAUGCCCAUUCAAGUCAGUGGCAUUUAAGCACUUGCUACACUUAAGGGCAUGUACUUAAAGUCCUUUACUGAGUUGGUGCCUAAGUCAGUACACUUGGUUCCCUCUGUGGCAUUGUCAGUCUUCACUGAUUUCAGUCAAGUUAUGACAAUUUACACCAACAUAGGGCCUGCAAUAUUCUUUUACUUGUCCCUUCGCAGUUUGGUGGGAGAAGUGUAGAUGGAACUUAUCAGAGAUUCUCUCCCGCACUUAGCUUUCCCUUCCUGGCUGAUCACUGCAAUGGUUAAAUUAUCUACCGUUGUCACCACAGCCUCCAUUUUAAGAUAAAUAUCCGUAACGUUCAUGUCAAUAAUACACUGAGACACUUCUACUGUUGCUGUGUGAGAUAGAGAUUUUUUUCUCCCCAGGCUGCAGAUAUCUAUAUAAUGAAGCAUUUUGCUGGCUCUUUGGUCUCAGGUUCACUUUUUAACCUGGACUAAGCCUGUUGCGUUUAGGCACUACAUCCCAGAAAGCCAUAACCUGGCCCAGCAAUAGCCUUUGUUGUUUUUUUUUGUGAUAGUGGUUUUUUGGGGGUUGCUGAAUGCCUCUUAAAAACAAGCUGUCUGGCAGAGAAUUCUUCCCUGCUCUUUAGGCAACAUAUCACCUAGUGGACCUGACGUAACUUUUGGUGUUAUUGAUUAAAUAUUUUGGUGUUAUUGAUUAAAUGUUAUAUAAUUACAAUGAACUAUACAAGUGAAUUUAUUAGGAUAAUGUUAAGAAUAAACACUUGCGCUAUUUAAAUAUUUUACAAUGUUAAUAACAAACUUUUAAAAUGAUACAGUAUAG